AGAUGAAAAAAAUAUUAUUAUUUGUUGGAGAAGAAAGAGAGAUUCUUCUUCUUCGAUUCCAGCGAAGGAAAAGCGUAUUCCUCGUGAGCACUAACUUCUCACUCCUCUCUUCUUCUUCUUCAUCAGUCUACGUUCACACAAUCUUUCACCCACCUAUUCAAAGCUCUCUCCGGAAGUUUCGAGGGGUUGGUUGUUGGUUUUCCCGAUGACUUCGGAUGGAGCUACGUCGACAUCAGCAGCUGCAGCUGCGGCGGCGGCAGCAGCGGCGAGGAGGAAGCCGUCGUGGAGAGAAAGGGAGAAUAAUCGGAGGAGAGAAAGACGGAGAAGAGCUGUAGCUGCGAAGAUAUACACUGGGCUUAGAGCUCAAGGUGAUUAUAAUUUGCCUAAACAUUGUGAUAAUAAUGAAGUCCUUAAAGCUCUUUGUGUUGAAGCUGGUUGGGUUGUUGAAGAAGAUGGUACUACUUAUCGCAAGGGAUGCAAGCCUUUACCUGGUGAGAUAGCUGGGACUUCAUCUCGAGUAACUCCAUAUUCAUCACAGAACCAGAGCCCUCUUUCAUCAGCCUUUCAAAGUCCCAUCCCAUCUUACCAAGUUAGCCCGUCUUCUUCAUCAUUCCCGAGUCCUUCUCGCGGUGAACCAAAUAACAACAUGUCCUCUACAUUCUUCCCUUUCCUCAGAAAUGGUGGCAUUCCUUCUUCUCUUCCUUCCCUCAGAAUCUCAAACAGUUGUCCAGUUACCCCACCGGUCUCAUCGCCGACUUCUAAGAACCCGAAACCGUUGCCUAACUGGGAAUCUAUCGCUAAGCAAUCCAUGGCCAUUGCUAAACAAUCAAUGGCGUCUUUUAAUUAUCCUUUCUAUGCGGUUUCUGCACCUGCUAGUCCGACACAUCGCCACCAGUUUCAUACCCCGGCUACUAUACCUGAAUGUGAUGAGUCUGACUCUUCCACUGUUGAUUCUGGUCAUUGGAUAAGCUUUCAGAAGUUUGCACAACAACAGCCAUUCUCUGCCUCUAUGGUGCCAACCUCUCCUACCUUCAAUCUUGUGAAACCUGCGCCUCAGCAGAUGUCUCCAAAUACUGCUGCCUUCCAAGAGAUUGGUCAAAGCUCUGAGUUUAAAUUUGAGAAUAGCCAAGUUAAACCCUGGGAAGGAGAGAGGAUACAUGAUGUGGGUAUGGAGGAUCUUGAGCUUACACUUGGAAAUGGGAAGGCUCGUGGUUGACAUAAACAACUAGGCAAACCCAAAUGGCAUGUCAUUGGAAUAUGAGAAACUAAUCCUCUUGAGUAUUUUCUUCUUCGUCCAGUCUCAACAUUACAUUCUUGGUAUCUGAAACAAGCUGUGAGAUGAUCAUUAACAAUGCCAGAGGCCUGCAAGAAGGAAUACAUAACAGUAGGACCAACGCAGCGAAACCCUCUCUGCAUCAUAUCUUUGCUAAUGUACUCUGCCUUUGGGGACUUAACCGGUACUUGACGACCAUAUCGAUAGCCAUUUCUUAAUGGCUUGUGGUUCACAAAUCUCCAACAAUAAUUACUGAACGAUCCAAAUUCCUGCUUGACCUGUUUUCAGAUUACAACCAAAGCUAUUUCAGUAAACACAUAGUAUCUACAAUUUCAUAGCAAAACACACAGUGCCUACCUUGAGAACAGAUUUCGCGUUCUCUACAA